UCUACAGUUAAAUAAUAUUUUGGCAUACUCAAAGUUAGCAAAUUUUUACAAUUUACAAACAAAUUAAAAGUAUUCAAAUAUGGCAAGCAGUAAUGUCGAUAGUUGGGACUUGCCCCUUCCCACCUCGACAUCCUCGACCUCUGUCGAAGAGGAAGAGAUACCAGAUGACGAGCGCAGACGUAAUGAGAAUAUGGAAAAACUCAAGAAAUAUGUCGAUAGAAUGGCGUACCAACCGCAACCGCCGUAUAUAGCUAAGCCCACUUUUGAAAGAUUGAAAGAGCCCAAAAAACACGCGGUUUUGUAUACUGCUGAGUACUAUGCUGACAUCAUGACACCGAGGUUGCGAGGUGAACGGAUGAAAAACUUGGCAUGGAAGCAUAAUGCAAUCACGACAGAGCAAUUGGAAGACAUAAUUAAGAACCAUAAAGCUAAAGAACGUAGACGUGAGGAUUUACUUAAGCGUAAACAGGAACUUUACUAUGAAAUGCUCACCAAAAUGGAAAGGCAGUGCCGUACCCAGUAUUUAAAUGUUCUCAUCCAGAAAUUUGCUAAGUUCAUCGCUAAUCUUGCAACAACUAUAAAGGUGCCACCGCAACUUGUGGAACCGUUUAAUCGUAUGCAGCGUGGAAUUUUUUGUAACAUCCUACUAGCAAUAGGAGUUCAUCCCAAUAAUCAAGCUGCUGUUUAUUACACAACCAAGGAAGCGGUUGAAUAUGAAGUAUGCCAUAAGCUUGCACAUGCUUUGCUCAGCUUAAUAGUUAAGGCACUUGAUACUGCAGCAGCGAAAAACCCAGAAGAUAUACAACCCAUUCAAGACAUUGACUUUGAAAUGGACAAUUAUAUCAAGGAUCGCUUAAUGUGUGCUGCAGAAAAGAAAAUAAUGCAUUCUCGUAAAGAAAGGAAAGCAAGAGCCAUUAAGGUUUACAAAAACCCGUGCAAGGAGCCCAGACUUUUUAUUGACUGAUUUUUGCUCCACUACUCAUUGCUUUAACUUUACAUAUUUGAAUGUAGCGUAAAAAUUCUCAUUUGUGCGUUAGCCAAACCAACACAUCACUGAUUCAAAUUGCAAGUACGAAAUUUAAGUAUCUCGGCUACUUCUAUAAUUGCCGAUUUAAUAAAUUUCAUGUACUCAUUAAAAAAUUUUAUGUCUUCCGAACUGUAAAAAUACAUACACGCGUGUGAACUUCAUUCCAAAUGCACCUUGCUAAUAAUAAAACAUUUUUACAGUGAACUUAACAUA